AUGGAUUCCCGAAGAGAACUUGCGGAAGAGCUUCGGCUUUAUCAAUCCACUCUUCUUCAAGAUGGCCUUAGGGAACUUUUGGAAGAAAAAAAGUUUGUUGAUUGUUCCCUAAAAGCUGGGGAUAAAAGUCUCCCUUGCCACAGACUGAUUCUGUCAGCCUGUAGUCCUUAUUUCCGUGAGUACUUCUUAUCGGAGCAAAGCGAGGAGAAGAAGAAAGAGGUGGUGCUGGACAAUGUUGAUCCUGUCAUCCUAGAUAUGAUUCUUAAGUACCUUUAUUCUGCAAGCAUUGACCUCAACGAUUCUAACGUGCAAGAUAUUUUUGCUUUGGCAAGCCGCUUUCAAAUCCCUUCCGUUUUCACUGUCUGUGUUUCUUACCUCCAGAAGAGACUCGCUGUUGGCAAUUGCCUGGCCAUCCUGAGAUUAGGUCUCCUCCUCGACUGCCCGAGACUUGCCCUGUCCGCCCGUGAUUUUGUGUCAGACCACUUUGUGAAGAUUUGCAAAGAAGAGGACUUCAGGCAGCUCGCCCCUCACGAAUUGAUCUCCGUGAUUUCGCCAGACAGCUUGAACAUCGAAAAGGAGGAAGUGGUUUUUGAGGCUGUGAUGAGAUGGGUGCAAGCGGAUAAAGAGAAUCGAGCGAAGAACCUCGGAGAAGUGUUUGACUGCAUCCGCUUUCGCCUGAUGGACGAGAAAUAUUUCAAGGAGCAUGUUGAGAAGGAUGAAAUCAUCAAAAGCAACCCAGAUCUUUCAAAAAAGAUUAAGGUUAUUAAAGAUGCCUUUGCUGGGAAACUGCCUGAGCCAACCAAAGGCGCAGGGAAAUCGGGCAAAGGAGAGGUUAAUGGUGACGUGGGGGACGAAGAUUUGCUUCCUGGUUACCUAAAUGAUAUUCCAAGGCAUGGAAUGUUUACUAAAGACCUUAUUCUUCUCAUAAACGAUACAGCUUCUGUGGCUUAUGACCCCACAGAGAAUGAAUGUUACCUGGCAGCGCUGUCGGAACAGAUUCCCAGAAAUCAUUCCAGCAUAGUCACUAAACAGAAGCAGGUUUAUGUAGUGGGAGGACUGUAUGUGGAUGAAGAGAACAAGGAGCAGCCUUUCCAGUCAUACUUUUUCCAGGUAUAAAUCUCUGGUUUGUUUGGUAAGGGAAGAAAUAAUUGAACUCCACAUGCUAAAAACAUAGCUUUUGUGUGGAUCCUUUGGUGUGCAACUUUUCUGUAGGAGCUGUACAUCCUGUAUUGUCUUUCUAGUUCAAGGUCUUAAGAGUUUAGAAAUCCAAAGGUGCAUAAUAAUUUUAUCCUGUAAUUUUACCAUUGAUCCAAUAAUUUCACCACUCCUUCCAGAUUACCCUUGAUCCAUUUUUUGCUUUCUAAACUGUCUGAUUUUCUCUAUAAUAUUAGAAGAUUCUCCUCUAAAAGCUUUAAAAAAAAAAAAAACAUUUGUCAACAGCACCAACUGUAUUGGUCUACAAAAUGUUAUUGACGUGAAACUGAAAUUGUACUGUAUAACAGAAGCUGUGGCAUCAUGUGUGCUCUGACUUAAAAUCACAACUCUACCUGGUGAAAUGUCUGAAAGAACCUACUCACAUGCAGUUCAUACUUGCAUAAAUGUGAGCAGAGUGGGGGCAGAGCCAGCAGGAACAAGUGCAAUCCCACUCCCCUUGAAUGUCUGCUCAGAUGAACAUCUGAACACGUGUAAAGUGGGUUUUUAAUGUGGGCCUUAGCGUCCUGUCCAUAUUUAUAUGUUUUCCAGUUUGCUUUUGUUUCUUUCCUGUUUUACAUCAUAUACAUGCCAGAUCCACACCAUACAUUUAAAUUCUAUUUAAAGCACAUGGCUUCUCCCAAAGAAUCCUGGGAACUGUUAUUUUCUCCCGCACAAAGCUACAAUUCCCAGCAUCCUUAACAAACCACAGCCCCCAAGAUUGUUUGGGGGAUCUGUCCAUAGUUAGACAUUCUAAUACAGUGAGUUCUAUGAGUUCUAAUGGACAUAACACCUGCUACACACACACACACACACACACACACAGAGAGAGAGAGAGAGAGAGAACAAUUCCAAGGGUCUCCCCAUUCAUUUCAGCAGCAGCAGUUCAUAUUUAUGGACAUUGCUUUUGCAGGCUGUGUGCAUUCUGGGUACAUGUAGACUUCUAGGUCAAAAUGUGCUACAUUGCUCACUUUGUUCCUGUUCUUUUUUAAGCUCAUCACAAUGUAAACUUUCCCCUGUCAAUAACUGAGCCCAAAUAUCUUAAGCCAUUGAUGGAGUGAAGCAAGAUGGUUCAUUUUGUCUGCAGUACUAUAGUUUUGCGUUACCUGCACAAGCAGCAGGUAGACCCCCCCCCAUCCUUUCCCUUCCCAUCUCUUCUGGCACAGCUGCAAGGAAGAGAUUAGAGGCACCUGUGUUCACUUUUAAACCAAUCAGAGUUCCUUGUUGCAUCGGAACAGUUUGAUUAGUUUAAGCAAUUGUUAACCUGUAUUUUCUAACAAGCCAAAAUUGUAAGCCUGUUGGAACAGGCCAUAGUUUAAAAUAACAAGUGUUUCCACAAGUCCAGGCAUAACAAACAACUGAUAAAUGGAGGAUCCUAUUUGCCCUGCAACAUAUUAGAAGGUAGUUUGUAUGUUUCGAGCCACUGUCCUACAAUAAUCCACAGGACGUGAUGCCAUCAAAAGGGUUUCCCUGAUGACCUGGGUUGUUGGUCUUUAUUAGUCCAGCUAGCUGCUUUUCUUCUAUUUCUCUAUUUACUCUUUAUUCCUUCUACUUUUUCUUUUUUCAAUCUCCCACCCUACCCUCGGUAUAGCCUCCAAGUGACUGGGGCAUAUUGUAGCUGCUCACUCAGCCAAGGCUCUGUCUUGGCCCAUCUUUACACAAGCUGUAUUUAAAUUUAAAUAUUCAUCCACUCACUUCACCUAUCUUGUUCAGAUUUCUUUCUCUCCUGCUCUCACCCAACAUCCAAAUAAUUCAGUUCUGGCUGCUUUAAAGGGAGUAUACAUUUUCAUCCCAGUUCAUGUUCACCACAAACGAUAGCCAUAAUAAUGGACCUCCUUUUUGCAAUUGGCAAAACAUUUUGCAAAAAAUGAGAGCCCCCUAUUCAGCUCAGCCCAGGGUGAGGCGCUACAAUCCAGAGAUAAAUUCCACACCUCUGUGAAAAACAUGUCCAGGUAAGUAGAGGAAUUGGUGGGUAGACGGGGGAGAUAAAAUAGCUCUUGGAAAGUUUGAAUGUGAAACAGUCAUAAAAAAGGAAGGAAAAUGUAUAGCCAGGAAAACAUAGCAAGCAUUAUUAGGGCAGGUCAUAGUUUAGUCAUUUUCAAAAGGUGCAUUGGGACUCGCAAGUUUGGUACAGAGGUCUGGUGGGGUGGGGAUACAAGUUGGGGAAGCUUGUGGGAUGGGACUAAAGAAGACACACAAUGCAUAAAGGUUUUUAAAACGGGGAGGAGGGGAAUGUUGUCAUGGAUCAGAUCUACUUAUUUGUAAUCUCUAUACAAGCCUACAGAUGAUAUCUCUGCUAGCAGAGUCCCAUAUGGGAAACAUUUAAAGGUAGGCUAGAGUUUGGUAGGUUAGCCCUCCCCCAAAUCAUGUGCACACAUCCAAAGGGUGUAGCUCUCGCCUUCUGAGUUCUCUUUCCAGAAGUACAUUCAGAGUCUUCACUGUGUGUGGUUAAAAGUCAGGAUGGGACGAAUGGAUUCUGUACUGUUUCUUUUCUUCACCUGCUUAUUCUACCUUUUAUCUUACAAUGUUCCCACCCCCUUUUCAGUCUUCCUUCCUUCCUUUGCACAGUUUACUAUUACCUCUUUGAGCACUCUUGUUUUACCAUCUUUCAGGCCUAUGUACUCUUUUGUAUGUCUUUGCUAAUACUUCUUAUUUUGAAUUUUGGAAAAACAUAUAGUUGGAUACCAUCACUUCUGAAUGGGUUGGUCUUCCUCCGCUGCCAUCAGCCAGGUGCCUGUUUGGACUAGGUGAACUGGAGAACAAAAUCUAUGUAAUUGCAGGCAAAGACCUCCAGACUGAGGAGUCUCUGGAUUCAGUGCUAUGCUAUGAUCCCACGUAGGUGCCUUCAUAUUGUUGUGUUUACUGGAGCUUCUCGUUGAAUUUUCUGUUGCCUUACUGGGUCCUCUUCCAUUCCAGAUCCCUCAAAUGGAAUGAGGUCAAAAAGCUCCCCCUCAAAGUCUAUGGCCAUGCUACUACUUCACACAAUGGAGUUGUAUAUUGUCUUGGAGGAAAGACUGAUGAUAAGUGAGUACUUCAAAAGUGUCCCAAUGGUGGGGGGGGGCAUGGUAAAACGUUUCUACUUGUGCCCUGUUUCAACCCCUGAUUAACCUUGAUUAAAGUUGGUGCCCAUGUAACCAUAACUGAAGUUAAAGGCAGUGGGGAAAUUCUGCUGCAGGGAGGAAAAGGGCUGGAACCCAUGAUCGUAUGAAUUAGUAUUGAUUGAUUGAUUGAAAAUAUAUACCACCCUAUACCCACAGGUCUCAGGGAGGUUCACAAUUGCAUGUCCCAUUGCAUGUGUCCAGUGUCACCAUACUGGAGGGGUGAAACCUCAGCCUAUAGUUUUAGAAAUAUCCAGCAUUGGUUUUUGGCUGUGUGUAUAUUAUGCAACAUUCUGGGAGAAUAUGUUGAUUUGCUCUUGAACUAUACUGUAGCAACAAAUUGGCUGAGGAUGGCAGAAUUAAUGGAAAACUUGUAACAUAUACAGAAGAGACCAUGGCAAGUUAAUGAAAUAAGCCACUGCUGAAAAGAAGAAUGGGUAUUCCAUUUGUUAAAUAUCAUGGGAGCGGAACAUCAUCCUCUUUGUAUGCCACCUUUCCAUAGUUAAAACCAUGCUCAAGGCAGCUUACAGCAUAAAAAGAUUUGCAUAAAUGUAGUCAAAAAGAAUAAAUAAAAAGGAUGCCAAAAUGUACAUGACCAAACUGAACGGUUUUCACAUAAAUCAUAAGUUCUAAAUGUAAAGAUACAAAAAAUUAGUAUCAACAACAGCAAAGAAAACUCCUAAAUAGUACCCAACCCAAGAGACUGUUCAGCAGCCUCAACCUUUGUAGCUGGAGUCAGUCCGGGCCCUGCCCUCCCAUGCCAGGUGGGAAAAGGACUGCAAGGCUGGGAGCAGGUCUUCCAUCUCAAGAUGCUGUGAGGUGUUUUCUCUGAGGACUUUUGAUCCAGACCACAGAAGCCAAGGCAGCCAUUCUAAGAAAGGAUAGAGAAAAAAUAUUAGGAAGUUGACAUCUGCAAUAUAAAUAACAGAAAGAACUCAGGAUACAAAUUAAUGCAUUAUCUUCCCAUUUAAAGUCAUGGGAUGUUAAGGUGUUUGGCAUAUCUAUCUAGAAGUUCUUUAUUGGUCCUAGCGUGUUAUGCUUGGAUUGGAUUUGAAACUAUUUUCCAAAUCCGAAUGCCUGUUAUCCUCGAAGUGGAAAUGUCUUGCAAGAUGUUCACACCUUUUCGUUGUGACCGCCGAGUUGUGAUUUCUGAGAACAAUUCACGUUGUUUCUUUCUCUCCACAGAAAAUGCACUAACAGAGUGUUUGCAUACAAUUCCAAGAGGGGAGACUGGCGUGAUCUUCCCCCUAUGAAAGUGGCUCGCUCUAUGUUUGGCAUCGCUGUCCAUAAAGGCAAAAUUGUGAUUGCAGGGGGCGUUACUGAAGAGGGCCUCUCAGCUUCCGUUGAAGCAUUUGAUCUCACCACUAACAAGUGAGUGUGAUAUCCAGUCUCAUUCUCAUUGGCCACACCUAUGCUGGAGCUUUCCCCACUACAGAUAUGCAGAAACCCACUACCAAAUUCACACAAUCUGUCUUGGAAAGGAGUGAUUGUGUUUAGAAUGACAGUACCAUAUUGCCUCCCUUCUUCCAUAAGCAGAGGCAGCCAAUGCAGCAGUGAUUUGGGGGUAGGCAGUUGAAGGAGUGGUGGUGUCUUAGCGGUGGCAUUGCGCUCAUUGAGAUGGGAUGAGGUGACAUGGCAGGGCUGGUGGAGCUCUGGAGCUCUUAGCAGCAAUGGUCCUAUAGAUGGGUGUACACCUGCAAGGUGACCGUCACCCCGUGUUAGAAACUGGGAUAGCAAAGCAAGGAGCCAAAUGGCUUCUGGGAACUGGGUUGUGGGUGCCAGAAUAGAAUGUCUUGUCGCCACCAGGGUGGGUGGGUCGGCAACACUUUUUAUUAUUUAAAUAAGCAUUAACUAAUACGCAAUUCACAUAAGUGACACGUUGUUAAUAGAAAUUGUUAGCAGAAAUUGUUAAUACAUGUUUAAUUUGGUGUUUGCAAUUAAAAUAUUGGUACCGUACUUCAGUUUUCAAAACGUUCUACUCUUCGUUGUUGAACUCCUCAUUGUCUGUUGUUAGCGUAUACUUCAAAGCUUCAAAGCACAUACAUUUCAGAAAUCCUCAAGUGUCAGCCAGGUGCAAAAAAAUGGCACCCAGAUUUUUUGAGGUGCUCCCAAGUGGAGAAUCUUUAGGUGCAAAAUGCGCCUGGCGCCCUGAUAAUUUCGAACCCUGCUGCCACCCCAGAACUCCCCCCGUUUUGGCACCAUCACCUCACCAUAUGUUGGAGCUUGGCCAGAAGUUUUCCAGCAUAUCUGAGAAAGUGUGGGUUGUAUCCAACAUUUUCACUUCAUUCCUUGAAGGAGUUCUGCUCACAGAAGGAGUCCUUGCAUGAAUGAAGUGGAAACAAUAUAUAUAUAUAUUUCCUGCUCUGGUUUUAUACUAAAGUUAUGCUUUAAAAGUGAGCAUUAUCUAAUAUUUGUUAAAUUACAGAUGGGAGGUUAUGCCAGAGUUUCCACAAGAGAGAAGCUCCAUUUCUUUAGUUGAUCUGUCUGGCUCCUUGUAUGCUAUUGGAGGCUUUGCUAUGAUUCAGCUUGAAACGAAGGAAUUUGCACCUAAUGAGGUGAACGACAUCUGGAAGUAAGUUGUUUGAAUAUUACUCUUUUUGCUAAUCAAAGACGGUAACUGCAUACAUGUUGGCCAGCACUCCUGCUGAACUUAAUGGGAUGUGCUUCUGAGUAGACAUGUAUAGGAUACUGUAUGAGAGACUAAAAUAUUUCAUAUUCACACUGCACGAGGUCACCUCCAGAAUCCAGUGAAAAACUCCUGCUUUUGUAAACGUUCUAAUGUCAGCUUAUUUUUUAUUGACAAUCUUUUGUCAUAGUAUAUUAUCAUCUCAUCUGAAGCCUGUUAAUUCCAUCUUUUUUUUGCUAUGAAAUAUUACUCACUACAGAGGACUAAAUAAUCUUAACUUCAGGUUAAUCAAAAAAUUGUCAAAAUGCUUUACAGAUCGCAGCAGUAACCUCUUUUCCCACAAACAGGCCAGACUCUUUGCUUGAGUACUGUGUAGGUGUUUGCAGAGACAGGUCUGUACCAAGGAGUGGUGGAUGGAUUCGUCUAUCUUUUAUGCAAGGGUUUAUGCUAGAUUGCCUUUCAAAGGCAGUGUUUGGCUACAGUUUUGUGCUGGCCCCACACUGUCCCUGAAUCUGCUCUGUGGCGAAAGAACAGAUUUAGGGACCGCAUGGGCAGAGAAGGGGAGAUCAUUCCAAAAUUAUCUACAUAGUGCGGUGUUGAAAGCACCCCUAAGUUUUUUGGCCUAACAUGUUCAAAAUAGAAAUAAACCAUAUAAACUGAUGCAGAUAGCUGAUUCAGUUAAGAGUUGACACUAUUACUUGAGUUGUGAAAUUUUAAAGCAGGGAUCAGGAACCACCGGCCGCCCUGGGUCACUGGAUUCCUACUCCCUCCCAUCGCCCCCUUUCAGCGUGGCCAACGGUCACGGAUAAUGGGAGUUGCCCAAUAACAGCUGGAGGACCACAAGGAAAAAGAACGUUGGGAAAUAACAAACAGUUCCAGAGCUGUGAAAUGAGUCACUAAAUCAAUGAUGUACUAUGGAGAAUAAAGCCUUAUCGUCAUAACUGGCAUUUUAUGUUGGGAUCCUAAUGCAUGGUUGGUAUUUGUAAACAUAGAAAGGGAUUCGUUGCUCUGUGAUCUCAGGUGCCUACUUAUAGUAACUUUUGUCCAUGCAGGUAUGACGACGAGAAGAAGGAGUGGUGUGGGAUGCUGAAAGAAAUUCGCUAUGCUUCUGGUGCCUCUUGUCUUUCUGUUGGCCUGAAUCUCUUUAAGCUUUCAAAGCUGUAA